GCUGGCAUACUCGGCGCAGGGCAUGAGCACGAUCACGGCAUAUGCGUUCACCGCGCAGUGAGAAGGGAAGAAAAAAUUGAAGCAGUCUACAAGCAUGAAAAUCAAUUUUUUUUUUUUAAUUUUUGGCUGUUCUUUUUCUGUUUCAUAAAAUUCACAAAAUUUAUUUAUUCCUUUGUUGUUGCUCCACUACUCUGACAAAAUGCCGCCGACACAAAGUUCAAAGGUCGACCUGGACCAGAUAAAGCGGCAGUACAUGAAGCGGGCAGCGACAGUUCUGGUGCGCUCGGCCGGGUACGAUUCAACCAGCGGGUUUGCGCUGGACGCCUUGUGCGAUGUGGGGAUUCUAUACAUGCAGAGUCUGUUCACGCAGGCGCAUGCGUACGGCGAGCAUGCGACACGCACACGGCCGAACAUGAACGACGUGGGGCGGGCGCUGGAGCAGCGGCACGUGACAGUCAGUGCCCUCCUCCAGCACAUGGAGCGGGAGCGGCCAGCGCACCAGAGAGCACUGGUCCAGCAGCUGCGCCAGGCAGCCGCACGGCUGGGGACGGAGGGGACAUAUUCGGGCGAAUUCUCGUCCGACCGCGCCGAGGCUGUUCUGCGGCAGGUGGUGGAGCACAAGAAGGACAAGAUCCGGGCGGCGGCGGCGGCGGCAGAGCAGGCAGCGCGUGAGCGCGCCGACGCCGAGCGCCAGGCCGCUGAGGCGGCCGCAGAAGAGACGGCGGCAGCUGGCACGGAGCGGACGGUGACGUUUGGCGAGGACCGGAUGAUCGAGGAUGAUGAGGACGAGGACGAUGUGUUUGAGACGCCGGCGGAGCCCAUGCCGGGCAAAGAAGAGGCCGAGGAGGAGAAGGAGGAGGAGGCCGAGGAGAGGGAUGAGAGCGGCGAGCAGCUGGCGCGGCAGCUGGAGGAUAUCGACGCGAUGCUGCUGCCGGCGCGGCAGCUGCCCGGCCACGUGCCUGCCCACUGCCCGCGGCUGCCGUGCCCGCACACGUACAAGCGCACGGCGGUGCUGCCGCAGCGGUCGCAGGACGUGUUUGUAAUGCGCAUGCACAAGGCGGAGCAGAGCCGGCAGGCCGAGGAGAACCUGCAGCGGCUGGUUGCGCAGAAAACGCAGGCGCAGGAGCACAAGUCGGGCAGGCCGCGCAGCGAGGCGAGGCAAGGCGGGGCGAGGCAGCGCAUCCAGGAGAUGUUCCCGGCAGCCAACUUCCGCCAUGUGGACAAGCGGGCGCGGCUGAGCAGCCAGACGCUGUGAGAGCCGGAGGGGAUGUCUGUGUAUAUAGUGGGCCGGCUAGGGUGACUUGCCGGACACUUACGGGGUCUAUAUU